AUGGUUCCCCAGUCAGAUUCGAGUCUACAUUCGAACGUGUCGAAUGGAUCUCCGCUUGUGGAUACACCAUUGAUAAUACAUGCAUCGGCAAUACGAAAUUCCUAUUUGGACUCGCCGAAACACGAUCCACACUCGCCCGUGGUCGGGUAUAUACCGACACGGCCCAGCGAACACGCAUUGACGGAACAUUCGAUGGCGGAUGACGAUAUUUGCGAGGCAGGCGGAGACGUAGAGGGUGAUGAUCACCGGCCGAACUGCCCGCACUGUGGGGACAGUUCUGGGACUGCGUCCUCCACUCCACAGAACAUUCAAAUUGCAUUAAACAAGAACCAGAACAAGUUGAUCCAUUUGGACCCGGUGCCGAACUUCGAGGACAAAGCAGACAUCAAACCCUGGCUGCAGAAGAUCUUCUACCCGCAGGGGAUCGAGAUCGUGAUAGAGCGGUCCGACCACACGAAGGUGAUCUUCAAAUGCAAGGCGUCGAAACGUGGGAGGAAGUCGCAACUGCCUGGUUUUACGAUGAGGCAUGCCCAAUUUGGGGCAGAGUGUAACGAUAACCUGCUUGUGCGCGACCCUACGGGUCCUACGGGCCCUGCGCGGCCCUCUACGGAGGAAGGAUGCGACGCCGAGAACAAGCAGAAGAAGAAGAGGUCCGUGUCUCGGUUCAAUGUGUGUCCCUUCCGUGUACGAGCGACAUACUCUUUGAAGAGAAAAAAAUGGAACAUUGUCGUUUUGAACAACACUCACUCGCAUGACCUCGUGUUCAACCCGGACUCCGAGGAGUACAAGAAGUUCAAGGAAAAACUACGCAUAGACAACGACGUUGAGGCAAUCAAGCGGUUCGAUGAGCUGGAGUACAGGAAGCGAGCGAACCUCCCAAUCCAAACACCAAUGAUCCCCUGCGACUGCGGGCUCACUUCUGAGAUCCAAAGUUUCAACAUCGUGCUGCCGACGACGGCGGGGGCGGAUUCUAACGGGCCUUAUAACAUUGGCGGUGCGGGCAAGCGGACCACGACUGUAAAUAACAUCAUGACCCCUCUCGAGGGGUCCUCUAGUCCGAUUGUCACUACCGGGGCCUCCAACAUGCCUACCACGAACAACAACAUAGUAAAGAAGCGGAAACCCGCGAGAAGACCGCCACCACGCGUACAGCGACAGCGGGAGACGAUGCUGCGGCGGAACAGCGAGCGCGGUGUGUUCCAAUUUGAGGACGGCGCCACUCACUCGUUGUCGAGCCUGAACUUCGACCUUACAACCAGCUUUAUAGACGACCCGAUCCCACACACGAGUGAGGGUCACGCUGCCUCUGACUUGACGAACACCGAUUUCAUGGCAUCAUUAAAUGCUGGUAAUUUAGUUGAUCUGAAUGAGAUCGAUUUCACUGACAUAUUCACGAAGCCCGCUGUGCAGCCACAGUCACAGUCACAGUCGCAGUCGCAGUCGCAACCACCAGCGACAAUGCCACAGGGGCGACCCACCGUUGCGAGCACGAACCCGCUGCGGAGCGUGUAUGACACGCUGGACGAUUGUGCGUCGUCUCUGUUGACGCCGAGCCUGGACGACUCGAAAUCGAUCCUCGAGGCGAACUUCAUGUCUGGGGCGCUGUACGACGAGUUCAUGAGUGCGAACGCAAGCACGAGCGAGCCACCGUUGCCCAGUACUCAGCGCGGCGACGUCCUCGAGCAACUGCUGAACCCAGACGGUUCCCCCGCGGGCAAGGACGAGCCGCUGCCCUGGCUGCACGAGUUCUGA